UUCCUGUGCAGACCCAAAGCAAGAACAUGUCAAACCUGGAAGAGCUGGUCACCAACGUGGAGCUCAGCAGCAGGGCUGAUGGCUGCAGGACGGUCAUGUUUCCCACCCUCAAGAAGCUUUCUGUCGAAGAUGUCAUUACUAUUUGGAGCAGUGUGUCUAAGCAUGUUCAGCAACAGCUCCUGCAGAGGAAGCCUCCAGCUGUCACUGUAACAGGACUGGGAACAUUUCAUAUUAAUAAAUGGCUCUCUUUUGAAAAUGGUGAAGUGCACACGUUUCAGAGACCUGUGUUUUCACUCUCCAAGACUGUUGCACAGGUCCGUGAGCUGCAGUAUGCUUCUGUGCCUCUUCCUGAUGCCAUUAAGAAAGUGUCAGUGGACUACAGAAAGAUCCACUCAGACGUCCCCUACUCUAAGGAAGUCGUGCAGAACUGUAUGCAGGAGACCCUGAAAUUCUUCUGCUUCGUCCUAACAAACAGAGAAGACGUGGACUUCAUGUUAAAGGAUUUUGGCACUCUUGCUAUCAGGGGAACAGAAGUGAUAAUGGCCUUUUCUGAAGACUUUUUACUAACCCUCAACAAGUCUACAUACGUGGUAGAGAAGUUGCUGGCUAAGCAGUGGGUCACAUCAGAUGAAGACCUCCCUUACUUUCCAAGCCGUUUUGGUCGUGUGCACCAGUUUCCACAGUUUGAGAUCAGAGCAGUGUCUCGAAUAAUUUCUCUCCCCCAUGAAGAAUUGCCUAGAGAACUGAAGAAUGCUUUGAAGAACAUGGGAAAAAGAGACUGUUGCCAAGGUGUGAAAGCACAGCUGGAAGGCAGCACAACAAAACUCCUUUCGAGAGCCCUGAGUUGCCUUUGCCUAUUUAUGAGCAACACAGGCAGACAAGGCAGGUAUGUAAUGAAGAUUGAGAAAAGACAGUCUGUAUUUGGGAUAAACAGUAGAAGAAAACUGGAGGCAGCCAUGGUCAAAAUGAAGGAGAAAGAAGAGGAGAAAAAAAACAGCAUGGUGUCCUUGCCAGAACUGCCUCAAAAGCAAGCUGCCAUGGAAAGCUACGAGAGGGCUGAGCUGCCCCAGGAAAAAGAAGAGAGGCUCAGUUUCUCAGAGAGCACCUCCAGUGCACAAAUAGAUCCACAGACAGUGACAUCUUUUAUUGAGGGGAGGAAGCAGUUUCGAGCUGAGCUGGAAGGUUUAGGGGACAUGGAAAGAUGGUUGGCACAUAAACCUUUCCACAGCCUUCAAGAAAGGAGAUACUGGAAAGGACUAAAGGCACACAGACCUGAGAAGAAGGCUGCUGUGAUUGACAGGCUGGAUUGCACACCACCAAAGAGCAGCCAGCCCCCAAAGAAGGGUGCUCUUCCCCUUGUCUGUGCACCAUACGCCCAGGCUCUGGUCACACUCCAAAACCUCCUGCAUAAAAAGAAGCUGAAGUUGGUGGAUGUAUUCAAGAAGGCUGGCAUGGAAGGGAGGAAGAUCAAGAGACAAGACUUCAUUCAAGUCAUCAAGGAGACCAAAGUUCCCAUCAGUGACCUGGAUCUGGAGGAUGUUGUCAUCUACCUGACUUCCUCAAAGAGAGGGAAUUUUAUAAGCCUUGAAGAUCUGGUUGACUGUCAACAGCAGUGGAUUGAAAAGAAGAAAGGACAAUCCCAAGAGAGCAAAACUGGAGCAGAAGCUCAGCUGCAGAAAACCACCUGCAAACCUGCCACUUGUUCACUUUCUGCUGAGGGCACAGCCAAAGGGAUGAUGCCUCGUGCUCCUACCAAGCCCUCCAAAAAGUUAACACACUUAGAAGUGCCACCAGUCAACACUGAGCCAGAACAAAGACAUCUGAGCUAUGAAGAAAUGGAAGAGAUUGGGAAAAUCUACAGAGAGAGGAGACGGUGGGAGAAGUGGUUCCUUUGGAGCAGCUUGGGUUGGAUGAACUCUGACAGAAUCCACAGCUACUCUCUUGCACAUCUGCUGCCCCACAGUCACUGGCAAUGGCUCUGUGACACAAUCACAAAGGAGAAGAACAAAGACAGCCCGAUAGAACGGAAAGAAAAGUGCCGGAUGGUGCGGUCUGGGGAUGACCCGAUUGAUCAGCACUGCCUGCCAUCCACUGCCGACGCUGACUUUGGACAACGGAUCGAUCAAUAUCGCAGGAGGGCAGUCGUGAGCUACCUGAGGAGCUCCAAACUCUGCAGAGAGAAUGAUGUUCCCAUCACUGAUCGAAAGCUGCAGAGAGCCCUGCUGCAUCCAGGAGACAAGAUCAUCAAAGAGGGAGAAGACAUAAGGAAGAUCAGGCAGCCUGGAGGUUACUACAGCACAGGACAUGAUGAUGCUCUGUUUUCUGAGAGGACCUCCAGAUCUGACAACAAAGAGGAGAAGGAGGAUGAAAAUAGGCAUCUUGAGAGCAAUACGAUGAAGGCAACAAAUGACAACAGGUUCUGGCCAGGUCAUCUCCUGGACAAGCUGUGCCUCUACUUUCCUGACAAGCAGCACGACAGGGCACAUGCCUUGUUUAGCUAUGUUCCUCCAACCAAGCACAGCUACUAUGGCUUCUAAAGCCCUGACUGCAGCUAGUGCCCCAGCCAGCCAGGACACUUGUUUCCAGAGACACUGCCUUCGAGAUCAGUCCCACACGAAGCUCUUCUCCAAGGAAGAACUGGCUUACUGUGAGGGUGA